GUAUCAUUUAUAUUCAUAGUCUGGCAGGAUGAAAAACUCUGUAUCAUAAUGGAUCAUACUUUCUCUGGUUUAAAUGCAGGAAUUCUGGCUAGCAAGGCAAAAGUCAAAUAUGAUGAUAUGCAUCUAUUUGAUGAGGCUCUAUACAAUGCUAAAAUACAAUAUCUCCAUGCUGAUUUCACUCUAUAUAAAAGCAAUGUCACUAAGGCUUUUUGA